AUGCUGUGUUUUUACUCUGUCUCCAGGUCUCCGGAUAAGGGCCACAAAGAACAGCUCAAGGAGGUGCAUAAAGCCAUAUCGAAACUGCAGAGAGAUUUAGACACACUGUCCGCUCACUCUUUGUCCAUGAAGACACACCAGGAGCAGCUGCAGGACAGAGAGGACAUCAUAGACAGAUACAAAAAACAGCUUGGUGCAAGUUUGGAGCGUGAGAAACACUUAGAGCAGAGAAUGGUACAAAUGGAACUGGAGUGGCAGAAGAACUAUGAGGAAAACCGAAGUAAACAUUAUCUGGACCAUGAGCAACUGAUUCAUGAGCUGACUGCAGCGAGAGACAAGGUAAAUGCUGAGUUGGUGGAGACAAAGUUGCAACUUCAGGAGCUAACAGUGUUACUGCAGUGUGUCACAAAGGAGCGGGAUCUGGCCUUACAAGGGUGUGUCCCACACACUGGACACUUAGCUUCUGAUGAAAUUAUUGCUUUAAAGCAAAAAAACUACAGGCUUCAGGCUGUCAUAAGUGAAAUGAGAAAACAAAUGGAGGAGCUAAGCUGCACCACUCCACCACGUCAACAACCCCAUACAGAAUUAGAAAACAGUGUGACUAAAGAAUAUAAUGGCUCAGAAAAAGAAGCCCAGCACGUGGAACCAAAUAUCACCAAAGUAAAAGAAAAGCAAGAAAAGUCAUCUUGUGUGUGCUCUUGUGGGCAUAUCAGCAGAGAGAACUCAGCAUUGGUUCAGUUGCACUCCAGGCUGAAGCAGGCUGCCUUGUGUAUAGCUCGCUUGAACAGAGACCGACAGCAGUUAAUUGAGUUAUGUAACCGCCUGCGAUCUCAGCGCUGCACUUUUGAACUGCUCAAUCAGAGUAACAGUAAUACAGGAACCAACAGAGUCAAUGAAUCCACCAACAAUUUGAAGACUGAGAACUACGAGAAAGAACGAGAAGUGUAUUUGGACCCAGACCUGCUCACAACACAGGUCCAUAGCUCACCCUCUUCUGUAAUGUAUUACGAUGUUCUGGGGUCUUCAGUACAAAAUAACCACAGGCCCAUUAAAGAAUUAACUAGUGCACCUCCUAACUGCUCCCAGCUGCUCCAGGCUAACGGACAAUCUGAAGACUCAGUGCCUUCUCUGAGUGCCCUCUGGGCUCUGCUGGAUCAGAGGCCUUCACAAGACCUCUCCAAAGACAACGCUGAAGACUCUGUUGAAGUUCACUCUGAGGUUUUCUCGGGGGUCUCUAUGGGGCUGGUCAAAGGUGGCGCUCAGAUGGAGGUAUGUGGGUUGAGAGCCCCCGUCCACAAACAGCCCACAGCCAAACCCCCACAGAAGAGAGGACCACUAAAACACACUGCCAGAUCUGCAAGAAUCAGGAAUUACAACAAUAAAGACUGACCACACACAGGAUUAAAGAUCAUGAAGGAACUAAGAAGAUGCACAAAAGGAGAUUGAUAAUCAGCAGACCUACUUGAUUUCUGAUGACCACAAAUUAUGUAGGCUGUGUUGGUGA